AUGGCGAGCAAAUCCACCCAUAUUGCAUAUCACGACAGUCUCGACGGAAAGCACCUCACCGAUCCUACUCAUGAUGAAGCCGUUCUACCCUUCCAUGUGAAUCACCACAAACAGCCGUCAAGCACACUUAGACGCGUCUUCAUCGUCCUCGCCGCUCUUGGUCUCUUGACCGUUUUCACCAAUCGCUGCGGCCUUCUGUACAAUAGCUUCCUCCCGGAAACGAUCACCGAUGCCGACUUACUGCGCAACCCAGCUUAUCUUGUUAGAGCUGAACAUGGUGCAGUUGCCACAGAAAACAGGCGGUGCUCCGACAUAGGUGUCCAGGUGCUCAAGGAUGGUGGCAAUGCUGUUGAUGCUGCGGUCAGUGCAGUCCUAUGUGUAGGCGUGGUCAACAUGUUCUCCUCUGGGCUUGCUGGUGGUGGCUUCAUGGUAGUGCGGUUACCCCCAUCAUCACCAAAUGACACCUCUGAAGUGUAUUCAAUCGAUUUUCGAGAGACUGCACCAGCGGCAUCGAAUGCAACCAUGUUUCAGGACGAACCGAUAAACGCGCUGAUUGGUGGACUUGCUAGCGGCGUACCCGGUGAGCUUCGUGGCUUACAAGAAGCCCACAAGAGGUGGGGUAGGCUCCCGUGGUCACGUCUUGUUCGGCCCAGCGUCGAUCUUGCUGCUGGCUGGUAUGUCGAUCCAGAAUUGGCUCGGAGAAUCAAGAUGUUUGCCCCUAUCAUGCUCUACAAUGCCCAAUUCCAACCUGUCUUUGCUCCCAAAGGGAAACUACUGGUUGAGGGCGAUUCCAUCAAGCGCACGAAUCUGUCGCGGACACUGGCCAUAAUUGCGGAGGAAGGGCCGGACGCUUUCUAUAAUGGACCCAUCGCAGAUUCCAUAGUCCGAGCGGCACGGAAGGCGGGCGGUAUUUUGACCAAUGCGGACAUGGAGAAGUACUCUGUUAGAGUCAACAAUGCCCUUCGAGGGACAUACAACGGCAAGGUCAUAUAUACGACGCAUGCUCCAACGUCUGGGCCUGCACUUCUACACAUGUUCAAUUUGCUUGAACAUUACGAUCUUGCAGGCGAAGGCCGUACAGCCCUGAAUUUACAUCGCAUUCUUGAAGCUAUGAAAUGUAUUACCAAGAUCGGAGACCCACCGUUCUCGGAGAACAGUACUGCGAGAAUAGAUGAAGUCAUGACCAAAUCGUUUGCAGCCGCCGUUGUGGCCAACCUCACGGAUGACGAGACCCACCCUCCGCAGUAUUACAACCCGGAGUUUGACAUCAAGACCGACCACGGCACGAGCCAGACAUCUGUCGUUGACAGUGCCGGGAUGGCGGUGUCUCUUACGAGCACUAUUAAUGGGAUCUUUGGCUCACUAGUUCUCGAUCCGGAGACUGGUGUGAUCUUGAACAAUGAGAUGGACGAUUUCUCCACCCCCGGAUCACCGAACGGCGAUGGCUUACGUCCUUCCCCGUACAACUACCCGGCGCCAGGGAAACGCCCACUGUCAUCCUGUGUUCCGACGAUCAUGGAAAACUCGGACGGAUCCAUCCACCUAGUGACGGGCGGGUCAGGUGGUUCAAAGAUAUUUGGCGCCGUAUUCCAGACCAUCCUCAACGUGGAAUGGGGUCAAGAUGUAGGCUCAGCGAUCGAGUAUGGCCGCGUGCACAACCAGCUCUUGCCCGAGGUGGUGGAGGUGGACAGCAUUCUUCCAGAGGAAUACGUGGAGGAACUCAGAGAGCGCGGGCAUAUGGUCAAAGUACGAGACAUCAACCGCAUAGCCGCGGUCGUUCAGGCCAUUCAUGUCAAAGAUGGCAUUAUUUUUGCUGCGAGCGACUCACGCAAGAACGGUAUUGCUGCUGGAUAUUAA